GGGCUGUGGGGCCGAACUAGAGCUGGAGGGUUGGGCCGUGGCCCUGGGCGCGCGGACUAGGGAACUGUAUCACUAGCUUGCUUCUCCUGGGGCUCGGAGGAUGCACAGGCCCGGAAGCCAUGUGGCUCCUGCACCCCAACCUGGGAGAACGAGGGCGACCGCCCAGGAAAGACCCCGGGGUCGCGGAGCCUUUCCCCUCCCGCAGAGGCCACUUUGCUGACUUUUUUCGAAGAAAUGCGCAGUCUGCCAUUUUCAAUUUUCAGAGUCUGUUGACUGUGAUCUUGCUGCUUAUAUGUACCUGUGCUUAUAUCCGAUCCUUGGCACCCAGCCUCCUGGACAGAAAUAAAACUGGAUUGUUGGGUAUAUUUUGGAAGUGUGCCAGAAUUGAAGACAUUAACUGUUUCGUCUGUUGAAACCAUGUGGUCAUACCUGAGCUUUAUUCUGAUUGAUUAAAGUUAAGGAAAUUUUCUAAAAAUCCAGUGGAAGUUAUGGAUCCUUUCCCAAGGAAAGUGCAUAUUUGCGUCUAUGUGAGAAAUCCACAAAUGUUUUCACAAUAUUCUUGAAGACAGGAAGAGAAAAAUAACAAUAGAAUUAGGUGGAUCACUGACAGAUAAAUGACUUUUUUCAAAAAAUACUGAGGGACCAGCUUUAAUCUGGAAACCAGGAGAGAUGACCUGACACCAGGUCUUUCCUAUUUCACUUGAUUUCUAGUGGCCUGGAGGAAAGAAGGAACUACAUACACAUCAAAUUUGCAGAGACAAAAAUCAAGAAGGGAGAGUUCUAGGGUCAAAUCCAAAAGACCUUGACAGGUGAAAUAAUGUGCCAAUAUAAACAUGAUGAGAUUUAGCAGGAAUUGUGAAAGCACAUGAUGGUGAAGAAGAGCUUUAAUGGAACUUGCGAGUUCCAGUUGACUGCAACCACAAUGUGAGUCAACAGAGAUUUGUAGCUGCCAAAACAACUAAUUAAACUUUGAGGCUGCAUAAAUACAGUUAUAGAAUGAAGUGAUUCGGUAUAGUUCUGCGGUACUUUGUUGCACCAGACAAUACUUGUAAUGCUAUUUCCAGUUUAGGGUGCCAAAAAUUUUGAUGGAAUGUAACAAACCAGAGAAGACUUCCCCAGGGGAUGAUGAUGAGGGUACUGUUAACCAGAAACCAUAGGUGUUUUACUUGAAGAAUGGAAGACUGCAAGGUAACAUGAUCAUAGCCUUUAAGGCUGCCACAUGUGAUUACUGUUACUCCAGAGGGAAAGUGAAGGACCAAAGGGAGAAAGUUACAGUAAAUCAUCUUUUCCUUACACAUGAAGAAGAAGGCUUUUGCAGUACAAAUUGUGAAAAUUGAAAUGGGCUUGCCCUCAUUGGAGAGCUGGAGAUUUUAGAAAUCAACUUGGUAGGAAUGUCAUAGAAAUAAUUAAAGCAUUGGCCUUCUUUGGAUCCCUUCUAGCUAUGGAAUUCUGUCAUCUUUGUUGUGUUCUGCUCCCCCCACUUGUGUGACACUAGUAGGGGGCUUCACUGGCAGUGACUUGGUGUGACAUCCUGUGGUUCAAAUGACAGUUUUCUUUCUGUGUAUAGAAUUUCCCCAUAUUUCCAUUAACAUGUCUGAAUACAACAACUGGCUUAACUUCCACUUGGGGUUUUCCUACAUGAAGAGGGAAAUGUACUCUUUCAAAGAUGGUUGAGAAAAUUGCUUUCCCCAGGCCAUUGUUGAAAUGGGUAUAGAGCUCUGGGAAGAGGUAGUGAGUGUUAGGGGCUUUUUUUUUCCUAAAGAAAAAAGGCUCAGUAUUUCUCAUAGGAAUUGCAAAUGUAAAUAUACAGCACCCAAUAGGUAUCACAGAUCAGGACAGCUGGCCAGGUGUAAGACAGCAAAGAGUGAUGUGCUGUGGCCACAACAGGCAGCCUGUACCUCAUUGAAGAUGGGCAGGUGUUACUCAACUCUAGCCAAUUUUGUCACGUGGUAGGGUACCCUUAGUGUUGCUCAAUUUUCCCCUUUCCAAGAAGACCUAGAAAUCCAGAUUUUUACAUGACAUGUUUUGAUUUUAAAUGCUGGCAAAUAAUUCAAAUUAAAAAUUAAAACACAAAAAGAAAUAAACCCUGUGCUGUCUAACAAAAUAUAUCUGUGUUUCAGAGAGUGACACAAACUACUAGUUUGUGAUCUUGGUUGUAAAAUGAGUUUCUGGGUUCUCUCCAAAGUUCACUUCAUCUUAUAACGCACUCCUGGUGUCCCAGAAAAUCAGUUCUCAAACUGAAUUCAGCAAAUAUUUUUGAGCCCCUAAUUAGUGAGAAGUAGUUUGCUAGAUAUUUGGAAAAUACGAACAUGGAUAGCAAUGAUCUUUGUUCUCAAAGUUUAGAGUUUUGUAGUCAGGUGAAGACAAAAACUGAGACAAUUAUGAUUUAAGACUAACAUGGACUUUUAUGGGGGUGCAAAUAAGGCCCUGGGAGAGAACCCUUGAAACGCUGGAGGAAUCAGGGAAAGAUUCAUGAGGGGACCAUGGUUAGCCAUGGGAGAUUUUCUUAAGUGGUAAAUGAAGUGGGGAGACAUUCUCAGAGGGAAGAAAGAACAUGAAUAAAGGGACAGUGACGGACAAGUGCGAGGUAUUUGAGGAGCCAGGGUUUAAGUAGUUUACCUGGAGCGAAGGAUAGGUGUUGGGAAUUUGCAUGAGGAAACUCCAAAGAAGGUGGAGAUCAAUGGUAGGCUAAGAGUUUUGAUAUAAUUCCAUAAGCUGUA